CAGGCGUCCAACUUACCCCAAACACCUGAAAUAGCCAGACAAGUUCCUUGACAAUCCAGUGGCCGAUCAUAUCACCACUCCCCAAACCAUGCCCUAAAUACUACUACUCAUACUAGCGUCAACCCAGAUCCACUACCAUCCAGCAACAGCCAUGCCUCACCACUGGCCCUUACCCAACCCCCCAACCCAAACAGCACUUCUUAUCGUAACCUCCAUCUUCUGCUUAACAUCUCUAACAUCCGUAACCCUUCGAUUCUACGCCCGAAGACUAGCCCGUCUUGACCUCCUCGCAGACGACUGGUUCGCACUCGCCGCCUUGAUCCUCACCCUUGCAUUCAACGCCAUCCUCCUGGCUGGCACAUUCCGCAACAUCAUCACCAACUACACCCAAACCACCCCCACCGCCAAAAAAUACCACUUCGCCCUGCACCUCACCGAAAUCCUCGCUUUGGGGCUAAUCAAACUAUGUUUCUUCUCUCUCUGGAACCGCGUGUUUAUCACACAUCCAAUUCACCACCUCUGUUCCUUUCUCAUCGUGGUUAUAACCCUCUGGACGGUUGCUUUCAUCCUCGCAACGAUCUUCCAAUGCGGCACGCACUGGAACUUAAUUUGGUCCGUGGAUACCACCUCCACAUGCACAACCAACCCUAUCAGAAGCACAGUGUAUACCAUCACAGACCUAAUAACUAACAUCCUGAUUACUAUUAUCCCCAUCCCUGUAAUAUGGGGUUUGAAUAUGUGGCCUGUGAAGAAAAUAGGCAUGUUGGGACUUUAUGUUGUUGGGAUUUAUUUAACCGCGGCGUCUAUUGCAAGGACGUAUGUUUCCCUCGUUAUUGCGUAUACCGAGGAGAGAAGGAUGUAUAUGGAAGAUUUUAGUUUGUUGGGUCUUUGGGCUGCGGUUGAGGUGAAUGUGGGGUUGGUGGUUUGUUGUGUUACGGUUGUGAUGAGGGGGGUGAGGGAGGUUUGGGCUGAUAAACGGAAGAAGGAGUUUCAUAUGUUGUCGGGGGUUGGGGUUGGAGUGAAGAAUUAUGCGGGGGCGAUGGGGAGGGAGAGGGAUAAGGUUGAUUCUGAUGAGGGAUAG